AUGGGAGGAUGUCACCCCUCAAGGUGGAUAUACGAACUCUUGCACAAUAAGUUCACUGUAUGCGAUGUCUUUGAACGGUUGCGCAAAACGGAACCGAACACUCCAAAUCCUUGGGAUCACCCCCAUCGAUUGAUGAUAAAUGGUAACCAGAGUUACUCAACCAAAUCAACGCGGGUAUUGUCCUCGCUAUGCGUUGACUGCCACUUUCAUUUUGUGUUUAAGAUGUCAUGGGACGAGCGACACUCUCAAGAAUCAUGCAACUUUCAACAGGGGCAGUGGCCUCCAAGUGAUGCGAGAUUCCCCUGGCAUCACCUUGUUUGGGUUGGUCAAGAGUCGCAAUCUUCGCCACUCGUUAAGAUUGAUGACAGACAACGAAACAAGUAUUACCCGCUCGUUGCUUGCGAGCCUUUUGCAUGCUCGGCCGGCCCAUGUACGUUCUCCGUCACGCUGGAAAUUUCGGAACCUCGCAUGGCUCGCGAGUGGAUUGACUUAUUACUUGACCACAAUACCAUUCGUGAGAAUGUGCGCCGUGCUAAGGAACAGGAUCCGGACCGGUACGCCGCAGCAAAUGAUGACUGGGCACUGCAAGCUCCUCUGAACCUGAACACAUACCUCAAGAACAUAAUUGAGGCCACUUCACAGGAGAACGCGAGGAGUAUUUCCAAAAGGAACAAGCGAUUCUUUGUACUUUUCGGGACUUCAUGUUUUGAAAUGUUCAGACAACUCGAAUUCGAGGAAACAGUUGAUGUAGCGGAAGAUGGAGUUGAUGGAGGGACUUUCACACCACCGAUCCCUCCUCAGUCAGAUAACCCCUCUGGUGCUACCGAUUUAGGAACAUAUCGAGCAUACAUCGAAGAUGUGAGAUCUGAGGUUCAGUGCAUUAUCAUUAUACACAGAGGUGGCCAGCCUCCUGACCUUUGCACUCCUGGUAUACAUGCCGACAUGGGAUGUGCAGAGGUACCGAACGUGGACCCUGUCUUCGUGAACCUUGCGCGUUAUGAGAUCCUGGGAGUUCUGCCAAAUCAGUCGAAGGAGAUUGUUGUCAAUGCUUACAAGAGACAGUGGGAAAUUAUUCCUGAUAAACGAAAAGAGCUCAUUGAGGCUCUCGUGGGUAUUGGAAAUGACCUUAAUGACGAACAGCUCACUGAAUAUGCUACCACUCAAUCAUCAAUCUUCGAGAGCCAAGUACAAAUUCAACCAAACAGUGACGAUCGCGAGUUGACGAGCGAGGCUUUGCUAUUCUUCGGGCUGCAGCCUCCGAACGAAUACAAGGCGCAAUCCAUCGUUCAAGCAUUCCGACGAAAGGUGGCACAAGAUCCCAGCUGUGCUGCCACCGCCCGAAAUAUGUUGAUGCUGAUCUCUCAAACAUCAUCCGAUGAUAACUACACGACAGAGUUGGUGAUGGAGUAUGGGGAGGGUUUCGGUUUCUCUUUACUCACGGCGAAAGAGAUUCUUGGCUUGAGUGAUGCCAGUGGCUUUGGGCCUGAUACGUUGGACGAUGUCAAAGAAAAGAUUCAAAACGCCAAAGACAAGGAUGCCAAGACAACUUACUUGGAGGCUAUGGAGAAGAUUGCCGAGCACACGAAUUCAACCGGUCUCAAAAGCGCAGUUAGAGAACUGAGAGAUAUGCAUGGCAUUGUAGCUUCUGGUGAAAGGAGCGCCGCCGGCGCCUCCGCACAAGCUACGAACUUUGAUCUUCCGGUCGGACUGGAGAAUAUUGGAAAUACGUGCUACCUCAACAGCCUUUUGCAAUAUCUUUUUACUGUCAAACCUGUUCGAGAUGUCGUUAUCAACUAUGACAAGUUUAAGCUCGACUUGACGGAUGAGAAAAUCAAGGAACGAUUGCUUGGUGGUAACAAAAUGCAGCUGGACCGUGGCGAAGCUGUCGUUGCUCAAGCUUUUGUACAGGAGCUUUCAGAUCUAUUCAACAAUCUUGAAGAAUCCGACAAGGUAGCGACGCGCCCGUCUCAGAGGCUCGCCAAUGCUGUGCUAUUGUCCACGGGCACACUCCUCAAGGAAACGAAGAGCUCUGUUGAAGCAACAACUGAAUCUCAGCCGCCACCACUUCCUACUCGACCGCCCCCUGGACCCCCAGCACAGGAAAAUAACGACGUGGAGAUGAUUUCUGUAACCGCCAAUGAUAGCCGCGACCCAAUUGAUACAGCUAGCACCGUCAGCUCGCAAACACUCGUCGAAGAGGAUUCAGACCGUUCUUAUGAGAAAGUGGAGACCUCUCCAACUACCACUGAAGAUCAGGUAAUUGACACAGUGAUGGAGGUUGGACAAGAUGAGGAUGUCGUUAAAAUCGGUCGAACGAGUGAUAAGCCUAUGGAAAUUCCCGAGGAUGUCGAAACAUCGAAGAACGGCACUUCCCAGGAUAUUGUGUCUACUGAUGUCAACAUGCCGGAUGCCGGGGAGCCACAAACGGUCGACCAGAAGGUGCUGACUGCUCUGGAACACCAAAAUAGGUCUUCUGGUACCGACCAGCAGGAUGUAGAAGAGGUGAUGGGCAGCAUCAUCAAUCGUCUCCAAGCCGCUAUCCGCCCAUCAUUUGUUGACGAGUCAACCGGUAUUCAAUUUGAAGAGAUCAUGAAAACUUUCUUCGUUACCACCAUUAAUUACACCAAGAAGUUUGACGACAAGACUUAUCAAAAAGAAAUUAGUUUUGAUCGAUCUAUUACUGCAUUCCCUGCUCCCAAAGGUUCAUGCUCACUAUACGAAGCCCUUGGCCGAAAUUUCGACCAGCAAAUUAUUGAAGAAGACAAACUUUCACGAUAUACAGCUAUCCAGACGCUACCCCCUGUUCUGCACGUACUCAUUCAAAGGUCGCAGUCUAUAGGGAGCAAGAACGGCAACCCCGUACUAAUUCCUGAAAUACUGUACCUCGACCGAUACAUGGAUACCCCCCACGACUCCCCGACCUUCAGAGAAAGAGUCAAGAGUUGGGCCAUCGCCAGCCGCAUAUCUGACAUCGAAGCCUCCAAGGCUGCAGUUGAGAGCAUGAGUCCAACUGGACCCAUUCUCGAAAGCAUUGCACAAGAAGAGGAAGCCAAAUGCAGUAUUGCAGCUGUCACAGAAGACAGCGAAAUGACAGAUGGUGUGAAGAUCGUGGAAGAGGACUGGAGUUUCGAUGGGACGGUUGAUGACGACUAUCUUCUUGUUAGCCGACCCAGCGUAAACUCAGUGACCUCGACUGGUCCACCUUCCAGGCCAAAAGACAUCAAAGACACCGAGACCGCUCUUCGGGAGAUGAUGGAUUCUGAGCUUAAAGACAAGAAGGUAGCUCUGGAAGAUUACUACUCCAAUUUGAAGAGCAAUCCAUACCGGCUCCAUGCAGUCAUAUGCCAUCGUGGCCAGCUGAUAUCUGGCCACUAUUGGGUAUGGAUUUACGACUUUGAACAGGGUGUUUGGCGCAAAUACAAUGAUUCCAAUGUCGAGGUCAAACGCAGCACAGCCGAAGUCUUGAAUAUAUUGAGUACCAGUGGAGAGCCAUACUUUCUUUGCUACGUCCGCGACGAAGAUAAAGAGACUUACGUCGACGUACCUCGGCGUCGAAGACCAGCACCACCAUCAGAUACCUCGUUGGAAAACCUUGACGCUGAUGGAGAUAUAACAGUCACCAACAACGAACCGCCAAAGUCCUCAGGGUCACCUCAGGAGCUUCCGCCCGCAUAUUCGGAGCAAAAGAUUGACUAG